AUGGAGUUUUUCGAGCGGUGGGAGCGCUACCAGACUGACUGUCGGCGGAGGAUGGCGGAGCAGCCGCGCCCGGAAGGCCUGGUUUGUAACCGAACCUUCGACAUGUACGCCUGCUGGGACGAUGGGACCCCCAACACCACCGCGCGGGCCCCCUGCCCCCCCUAUCUGUCUUGGCACCAAGAAGUGAGCUCGGGCUGGGUGCUGCGUCGCUGCGGGCCCGACGGCCAGUGGGAGAAGGACGCGGACGGCCAGGACUGGCGCGACCAUUCCCAGUGCGAAAACCCCAAAGACCUCGGACAUUUCGAGAGCCAGAAGCGGAUUCUGGAGCACUUGCAGGUCGCCUAUACGAUCGGCUACUCGCUGUCCUUCGCCGCGCUGCUCCUCGCGCUACUGCUGCUCGGUGCCUUCAGGAGGCUGCGUUGCACCCGCAAUUAUAUCCACAUGAACCUGUUCGCGUCCUUCUUGCUGCGGGCCGCCUCCAUCCUCACACGCGAUCGUCUGCUCCGGGCCCCGCUGGGCUGGGAGCUCUUCGGCCAGAGUGACCAGCUCCAGCCUCUGUCCGAACAGGUCCUGGUGGUCUGCCGGCUGGCCCAGGCGCUGACCCAGUACUGCGUGGUCACCAACUACGCCUGGCUGUCGGUGGAAGGGCUCUACCUGCAUAGCCUUUUGCGGCUCCCGGCUUUCUCUGAGCGCAGCUGCUUCCGUAGAUACCUGCUCCUCGGCUGGGGCUUCCCAGUGCUCUUCGUGGUGCCGUGGGUGAUGGUCCGCUACCUCUUCGAGAACACGCUGUGCUGGGAGCAAAACGAAAUCAAAGGCUUCUGGUGGAUCAUCCGCACCCCUAUCCUGAUCACCAACUUGAUCAACUUCUGCAUCUUCGUCCGCAUCGUCUGCCUCCUCCUGUCCAAACUGCAGGCCCACCAGAUGCGCUGCUCCGACUACAAGCUCAGGCUGGCCCGGUCCACGCUGACCCUGCUCCCGCUGCUGGGGGUCCACGAGGUGAUGAUCGUGACGGUGAUCGUAGAAGACAAGGCCCAAGGCACCUUCCGCCUCACCAAGCUCUUCUUCGACCUCAUACUCAGUUCCUUCCAGGGCCUGUUUGUCAGUGUGUUAUAUUGCUUCAUCAACAAGGAGGUGCAGGCGGAGAUGCGUCGGAAGUGGGGGUGCUGCCCCCGGGGGGUCCGGAGCCCCCUGAGGCCGCGCCGCCCGCCCCGCAACGCCCCCGCCAACGCCCCCGCCGCCCCCGCCCCCCUCUGCAUCUGCCCCCGGGCCAGCCGAGGCCGGGAGGAGUCGCUCCCCAGCGGGACGCAGGACACCACGCUGACCCUCUCCCUCUCCGCCUCCGUCUCCGUCUCCGUCUCCGAGACCUACUGCUAG